AAUUAUAAUUGAAAUUAUUAGGAUGACAUCGACUCCAUCCCCUCACAACCGGAGCAGGAGUGAGGAAGAGGAUGAUCCAUUGGACGGGAUGAUCUCCAGGACAGGCUGUGCUGAGCUGCACUAUGCUCUUCAGGACUGUAUGGCUGAGCACCAGGACUGGAGGAAGUGUCAGACUGAGGUUCAGAAGUUUAAGGAGUGCAUGACCACCUACCAGAACACUCGCAAAGAGCAGCUCCUGAAACAAAAGACUUCUGCCACACAAUCUGCCUGACACACAGGCCUCUGAGACAGUGCUGCACAAUAAAACAUUCAUCUCGCUUUCCUGAAAAAAAGGUGUAGUGUGAAGAUUGUCUUUCAAGAGUGCAUUGAAAUGUUUCAUGAUAUAUGAAGGUGUGAUUGUGUAGUACGUUUUAAUGUAUGUUUAUAUGCUUAAAAACAUGGUUGCUACACUUUUACUUUAAUAAAACCAUGGUUAAUUUUCGUAA